AUGAAGACUAUUCGGAAUUAUCUCUAUUUUUCAUUGUUCGUGGGAACAUCCCUCGCUGCCAGAGGAGGUCACUGUCCACCUCUCGGUCCCGUACUCCCACCUCCCCUUCAUCCCAGUACUCACCCCUCCGUCAAAUCUGCCAUACAAAACAUCCAAGACCUCUUUGACUCUGCAACAUCUAAUCUCGUAAACUCUUCAGUGGUAGUUGCUAUCAAAUCCGCCAAAGAAGAUGACUACAUGUUUGAGUUCGCCAGUACACCUCCUAACGUCGACCCUCGUGGAGUUGACGAGGUAGACUCUGAUACCGUAUUCCGCAUGGCGAGUUUAUCCAAGGUUUUCCCUGUCCUUGCGCUGUUGAAACUGCACAAGGUCAACUUUGAUGAUCGUGUCACCAAGUAUCUCCCUGAGCUUAGAGCUUUGAACAAAGAUGCGAGGAAGACUGAUGCGGUUUGGGCUGUGGAUUGGGAUGACAUCACUGUUGGAUCUUUGGCUUCGCAUCUUGCCGGAAUACCCGCUGAUUUGCUUGCUGACGUCCAACCUUACGGAGACUGGACACAGCUCGGCUUCCCUCCUCCUGAUGUCUCCAGGAAUCUCAACUGUUCAGGACUUCUUGGUCUUCCCCCAUGCACCAAGAAAGACUUCUUUGACCGCUUUGGCGAGAGGCCUCCUGUUUACGCCCCAUUCGAAGCAAACCCGGUCUACUCAAACAUUGGGUUUUCUCUAAUGGGGUGGAUUAUCGAAAAGGUUAGCGGCAUGCCCUCGGGAGAGUACAUCAAGAAACAUAUCUGGGAUCCUGUUGGUAUGGAGCACACAUAUGAGGAAACACCUGAUGAUUCGUUGGGCUUCAUUCCGCCCGGUGAUGAAUGGUGGAACGCAACUCUUGGUUAUGGCAACCCUGCCGGGGUUUACUACUCUUCUUUGAACGACAUCAUGGCCUUUGGCGAUGCAAUCUUGCGCUACGCGCUACUUAGUCCUGCACAAACCAGAAAAUGGAUGAAACCAGCUACCAGUACUUCAUCAACAGGUAUACUCCUCGGUGAGCCAUGGGAAAUAUUCCGCUCCAACAACGUUACCAAAGAUGGCCGCCUUAUUGAGUUUUACACCAAAGCCGGCGAUAUCACUACCUAUCACUCCCUCAUGGUACUGAUUCCUGAUUACAACUUGACCAUUAGCCUCCUCGACGCAGGCCCAGGUGAAGUCGGCGGUGCAGAGCUCCAAAUUUGGUUCUCAAACAUUGUCAAGGAACUUCUCCCUGCGAUUGAACAAGCUGGUAAAGAUGAGGCAGAGGAAAAGUACGGUGGUACAUACUCCGACGCCAAGACAAACUCAUCCCUAACUCUCUCCGUUGAUGAUGAGCCUGGAUUUAGUAUUACAAAUUGGACGGUACGAGGUGUUGAUAUCGCGGGCACAUAUGGCAGUUUUGCUAUCCCGCCAGAAUUCCCCACACCUGAAGGCCUUGUCCGUUUCCGUUUGUAUCCCACAAGUCUCAAGAGUGACACUGAGACUUCAUGGCGGAUGAUGUUUACGCAAGGCACAGAAGAGCAAGUAGCCGCCUCAGAUGCUUUGUUUGUCUGGCCCCAGGGUAGUUGUAACACGUGGGCUUCAUUGGAUCGGAUUGUGUACCAGCUUUUGUCACAUGAGCAUUUUGUGUUCAGAGAGACUGGGGAGGGAAGUGAAAGGCGGGCUGAUAAGCUUGAGCUUGUGGGAUACAGAGUUGACCUCAAGAGGGAAAACUAA